ACACAUUACACAUCUUUAUAUAUAUAGGUCUGUAUGUCUUGAUUCCUCAACACAUCGCUGUGAUUGAUAUAUUAACAUUGCCUUUUACCACCGUGACGUUGUAUUGACACACCUAUUGUAAAUUAGCAAAAUGAACUUGCGAUUCUAUUGCGGUGAUUUAAAUCACCAAACAUUCGAUAAAAUGAGGCGGAUUAUGGCAUUUUUGUCUUUAUGUGUAUUCGUUGCUGCUGGAUUACACAUUCAUGCUGGGAAUCGCGUCAACUCUAUUUUGGAUUUCAUUUUCGGUAUAUUUAUAUUGGUACUUAUCGUAUAUCCUACGUGGCUCGGGCUUGUCUGUAGUAUGACUUUAAGUUUGACGUUGCUUUGCUCAGCUCUGUUGUUAGUCAUUUCGGGAAUAGCAUAUAAACAGAUUACCUGGUCAAAAACAUUCUUGGAGAACAGCGGUGUAUUGGCAUACAGUCUAGAUGUGAUAUACUACGCUGCCACAUUUGUUAUGUUAAACCUUGUAUGGGAGAAACCUGCCUUGGAAGACAAUAUAUAUGAUGAUCAAGAUAACUCAACUUUUACUGACCAGGAUGAUAUUUGGGCACCGUUUUCCGGCACUGGUAAGGCAGUGACGGAAUACGAGGUCGAUUUCCCCAAACUGGAUCAAUCAGCCACAACUAAUGCUGCCUAUCAAGUCUAAAAUAGAGCCUAUGUCACUCGAUAACAACAGCGAAGUCACACUAGAAAUCG